AACGGAACGUCAAGUAUGUUUAAAAAUAAAAUACAGCUGAUCGUCAAAGAGUGAAGUGUUCCAUGUAUUUGUUACGCUGGAAAAUGGAAAUCUUCUAAAUAUGGCGAAUAUUGCGAACCCUUUACCUUAUAUAACUAAAAGAGAAUUUGGACUUAUUUCUGAUGUUCAAUCUCAGUUGUUUUCUAAACGACUUAAUGCUGCUAAAAAUUUGUACCGUCGAGAUUUAGUGUGUCAUUUCGGAUGUGUAAACGCUAUCGAGUUUUCCAGCAAUGGCGAAUUACUUGUAUCGGGUGGGGAUGACAGGAGGGUGAUGCUAUGGCAAUUUGGACAGGCCAUCCUGGAUCAUGGGAAGCCAGAGGCAAUGAAAGCGGUCCACCAAUCAAACAUAUUUUGUCUUGGAAUCACAAGUGAUAACCAGAAAAUUUAUUCCGGUGGUAACGAUGACAUUGUCAUCGUGCAUGACCUCGAAAGUAAAUGCCCUUUGGAAGUUCUGCAACACCAGAGGGCAGUGUGCAGCCUCAGUAUAGACCCAUUCAAUGAACGAGUGGUGUCUACAGCGGGGAAUGAUGGCCGCUUACUGCUGUUUGAUACAAGACAAUCUGUUCAUGAGUCAAUGGUGAUUUCGCGGAGUCGCAAGGCGUUCCACGGCGUUAUGUAUCAUCCGCAACAAGUGGGCAUGUUGGUGUCGGCGAACGCCCGCGGCGGCGUCGCUCUGUGGGAUCUGCGAUCACCCAAACACCCGGUCCUUCGCUACUUCGGUAACAACGGCACUUGUCAGAACAGUAUGAGCGUCCGUUUCAACUCCGCGGGUACGCAUAUCCUUGCAUUGCGGCGUCGCUUAGCGCCCGUGCUGUACGCGGUGCACUCGCCCGAACCAGUCGCGGAGUUCUACCACCAAGACUAUUACAACUCGUGCACUAUGAAAAGCUGCUGCUUCGCCGGCAAAGGCGACCAGUUUGUGCUCUCCGGAUCUGAUGACUUCAAUCUAUAUAUGUGGAAGAUACCAGAUAGUGGAGAGUUUGAUAUGUUAGUGGAGCCCCCACACAUCAUAUUGUACGGGCAUAGGUCGAUAGUGAAUCAAGUUCGCUACAACUCACAGUAUUGUCUCAUCGCGUCUUCAGGUGUCGAGAAAAUUAUAAAGGUGUGGUCGGCAUUGGAGUACCCGCAGAUGCGCGGAGCUCUGUUAGAGGAGGCGCAGGGCUCCGACAACCCGCGAGAGAUCUACAGCCACGAGGAUUAUGUCUCCUUAGUACAUCAUAGUGGACAGUAUAUAUCGCACAACUACGCGGAGCAGUCGACGGUGGAGGACCAGCGUAUGAUGGCGUUCUUCGACUCGCUGGUGCAGCGCGAGCUGGAGUGCCUCGCCGACGAUGUCUCCGACGACCCCGACUACCAGACGCUCAAGUUCCGCCAGCGCGUCAAACGAGCGCGACGCAAUUACAGAAACCACAUGGACUCUGACUCAAACUGA